AUGUCCCAAGCGCUGUUGCUGAAUCGCGUGCUGCCCAGGCGCGGCGGGAGCGGACGACUGAAGCGCGUGGAGUCGGCGCCGUCGCUCCUCACGCCGGUUUGGGAGCCGGAGCACGGGGAGGAGGCGGAGGAGCCUCCGCCGGCGAUGCCGUCUCGCGGCUCGCUGCCGACGUACAGCGCUAGCUCGCUCGACCUGCCGAUGCUGCACAGGGAGUGCAAGAGCGACGAGGGAGCUCUCCAACCCAGGCAGCGCCGAAGCACCCUAUGGCAGUCUGCAGCGCGGGGUGAGAGCGACACGCGGCUUUGCGCGCUCGGAAUGCUCGAGCUCGUGGCUGCAGCCAGCGAGCGGCUGCAGAGCGACCCGCUCCCGCUCGAGGUGCGGCUGCUGCGCGAGCUCCUGCCGUCCGGCGGGCAGUCUCGCUACCUCCGCCUCUCCUCCAGCGUGCUGCAGCGUCUCCUCCUGCGGAUGGCGUGCCUCGACUCUCACUUGGGCGAUAGCCUCUGGCUGCCAUAG